GCACUUCGAUUACGGAAUAACUACUUCUGUUUAUGUUUUUAAAUUAUUAUUAUUAUUUUUAUUUUUGCAAAGCACAUCACAAACCAGUUGACAUCCUGAAGGUUGAUUUCUGCAGCUUUUGAAGACUUUUUGAUCUUUUUUGUUGGUUGUGUGGUUUUUUUUUUUUUUUUUGGAGUAAACAUCUGAGUGCUUGUCAAACGGCAAGAUGUCCAGUAAUGUCCCAGCGGAUAUGAUAAAUUUGCGCCUCAUCUUGGUAAGCGGAAAAACGAAAGAGUUCCUGUUUUCACCUAAUGAUUCUGCUUCUGACAUUGCAAAGCAUGUGUAUGACAAUUGGCCAAUGGACUGGGAAGAAGAACAAGUCAGCAGUCCAAAUAUUCUACGACUUAUUUAUCAGGGGCGAUUUCUACAUGGAAACGUCACAUUGGGAGCAUUAAAGCUUCCCUUUGGCAAAACAACAGUGAUGCAUUUGGUAGCCAGAGAGACGCUGCCAGAGCCAAACUCCCAAGGUCAGAGGAAUCGGGAGAAGACUGGCGAGAGUAACUGUUGUGUGAUCCUGUAGGGCUGAGGGCAGGUGUGAGCGGUGCGGCUGUGUCAUGCUGAGGGCACAGGCGCGGCCCACCGGGGCUCCAGAGACCUCCCAAGCUGCCUGCCUUCACAUCCCCAGAGCUGACCUACCGCACAGGGCCGUCGUCCUUUCUCAUGAAACUCAAAAGAACCAGGAGCAUUCUUCACUAUGAUUUUUUAUUUCUUGUCUUAUUGUUUGUGUUGCGUAGUUUUAAAAUAUAUUUUAAAAUACA